AUGAGUGAACAAGUAAAUCCACCUGAAAUGACCAAAGACUGGAACAAAGAGCGUGUGAAACAAUGGGUAACAGAAGAUCUUAAGAUUGAUGAGAAAUAUGGGCAAAUUCUAUUCAGUGAAGAAGUGACAGGAUUAGUCCUGCAGGAAUUAACUGAAAAGGACCUUAGAGACAUGGGGCUACCGCGGGGUCCAGCACUUUUGAUAAAACGCAUGUAUGACAGAUUGAAUAAUAUUUUCCCUGAAAAUCACAAUCAGGAUUCUGGACAAUUAGAGCAUACAAAAACCUUCAAAAAACACCAAAAAAAGCCACAACAGACACAAAAAGAAGAACAAUCAAUGCCAUCCAAUAUUGAUCAUAAUCUUAGAGAAACCAAAGAUACCAAAGAACAAGAAUCUGUUCUUAUAAAAGAAAAUGCAUUAAAUGAAGCAGUGACCACUAAAGACAAACAAAAGGAAAAGCUAAAAGCUGAGCAGUUGACUUGUAUGCCAUAUCCUUUUGAUUAG